GCUCCGCUCAGCCCCGCCCGCCACCCGUGUCCGGCGCUGGAUUUAUGAAUGGGGGGAAGAGGCCACAUGCCGCCGCCGCCGCCGCGAGUUGACCGCACGCAGCCCGGGCCCGCGGAGCUCCCGCUGCGGUGAGAGCGCCGGCCCGGCCCCGGCAGCCGCUCCGAGGACUUGUUGCUGCUGCGCUACCGCCGCCACCGCGGGGAAAGGGCCGCUCCCGCCGAGUGGCGCGGUCUGCGAGCCGGAGGGUGGCCCGAGUGAGUGUGAGCGCGCGCACGUCCCGAGCCUCGCGGUGCGCCCGGACUGCGCGCCGGCUCGUCUUUUGGGGGGAGAAGUGGGGGCGUGUCCCGGGCCCGGAGCGUCCGAGUGUCCAGUCCUAGCGGGGCAGCGUGAGCGUGCGUGCCCCUGCCUUCUCGGCCCCUCGCCCGAGUCGCUCCUCUCCUCCUCCUGCCUCCCUCCCGGGCGCUGCCUGCCCAAACCCCAACCACCUGUGCACCCGAGAAACCCAACUCCUCCCGCUCGGCGCCCCGGGGGGGAGGCAGGGGCAGGGCCAAGCCGCAGAGGGGGCCGCCGCCGCCUCCCGCCGCCUCCUGCUCUCCUCCCCCUCCCCCGCCUGACGCUGCCUCCUCGGGAAGGGUGUUUGGAGGGCAGCGGCCGCCCCAAGCCGAAGCCCCGCAGCGCUUCUUAUGAUCAGCUCGGUGUGUGUCUCCUCCUACCGCGGGCGCAAGUCGGGGAACAAGCCUCCGUCCAAAACAUGUCUGAAGGAGGAAAUGGCCAAGGGCGAGGCGUCGGAGAAGAUAAUCAUCAACGUGGGCGGCACGCGACAUGAGACCUACCGCAGCACCCUGCGCACGCUACCCGGCACCCGCCUCGCCUGGCUGGCCGAUCCCGACGGCGGGGGCCGGCCCGAGUCCGAAGGCGGCGGCGGGGCGGGCGGCGGCGGGAGCUGCGAGUUCUUCUUCGACCGGCACCCGGGCGUCUUCGCCUACGUGCUCAACUACUACCGCACGGGCAAGCUGCACUGCCCCGCCGACGUGUGCGGGCCCCUGUUCGAGGAGGAGCUCACCUUUUGGGGCAUCGACGAGACCGACGUGGAGCCUUGCUGCUGGAUGACCUACAGGCAGCACCGCGACGCCGAGGAGGCGCUGGACAUCUUCGAGAGCCCGGACGGCGGCGGCGGGGGCGCUGGCCCCGGCGACGAGGCCUGCGACGACGAGCGGCUGCUGGCCCUGCAGCGCCUCGGGCCCCACGAGGGAGGCGCGGGCUCGGGGCCCGGGGCCGGGAGCUGCCGAGGCUGGCAGCCGCGCAUGUGGGCGCUCUUCGAGGACCCCUACUCCUCCAGGGCGGCCAGGGUGGUGGCCUUCACCUCUCUCUUCUUCAUCCUGGUCUCCAUCACCACCUUCUGCCUGGAGACCCACGAGGCCUUCAACAUAGACCGCAACGUGACGGAGAUCCACCGCGUGGGGAACAUCACCAGCGUGCGCUUCCGGCGGGAGGUGGAGACGGAGCCCAUCCUGACCUACAUCGAGGGCGUGUGCGUGCUGUGGUUCACGCUGGAGUUCCUGGUGCGCAUCGUGUGCUGCCCCGACACGCUGGACUUCGUCAAGAACCUGCUCAACAUCAUCGACUUCGUGGCCAUCCUGCCCUUCUACCUGGAGGUGGGGCUGAGCGGGCUGUCGUCCAAGGCCGCCCGCGACGUGCUGGGCUUCCUGCGGGUUGUCCGCUUCGUGCGCAUCCUGCGCAUCUUCAAGCUCACGCGCCACUUCGUGGGGCUGCGCGUGCUGGGCCACACGCUGCGCGCCAGCACCAACGAGUUCCUGCUGCUCAUCAUCUUCCUGGCCCUGGGCGUGCUCAUCUUCGCCACCAUGAUCUACUACGCCGAGCGCAUCGGCGCCAGGCCCUCCGACCCGCGGGGCAACGACCACACCGACUUCAAGAACAUCCCCAUCGGCUUCUGGUGGGCCGUGGUCACCAUGACCACGCUGGGCUACGGGGACAUGUACCCCAAGACGUGGUCGGGCAUGCUGGUGGGGGCGCUGUGCGCCCUGGCCGGGGUGCUCACCAUCGCCAUGCCGGUGCCCGUCAUCGUCAACAACUUUGGCAUGUACUACUCGCUGGCCAUGGCCAAGCAGAAGCUGCCCAAGAAACGAAAGAAGCACGUGCCGCGGCCGCCCCAGCUGGAGUCCCCCAUUUACUGCAAGUCCGAGGAGACCUCGCCUCGGGACAGCACCUACAGUGAUGCCAGCCCGCCGGCCCCGGAAGAAGGCGUGGUCCAGAGGAAACGGGCAGACUCCAAGCAGAACGGCGAUGCCAAUGCGGUGCUGUCAGACGAGGAGGGAGCUGGCCUCACCCAGCCCCUGGCCUCUGCCCCCACUCCCGAGGAACGCCGGGCCCUGCGACGCUCCGGCACCCGAGACAGGAACAAGAAAGCUGCUGCCUGCUUCCUGCUCAGCGCGGGGGACUAUGCCUGUGCCGAUGGUAGCGUCCGCAAAGGCUGUGAACAGUCCCGGAGUGUAAACAACAUAGCGGUUGCUGCUGGAACCAGUCUGGGGCUGUCUCCACUGGCAUCGCGAGACAGCUCGCCCUACCCUCAGAGAAAGCUCCUGCUCUCCCACCCCUUCCACCCCCUCACCAGCCCGCCGCCUGGACACUCAGGUCCAUAGCCACAGCUUGGGCUCCCCAGCUCCAGGCACGCACAGGCACACUCACAUACCCCCAGCUCCUCCUGGGGCCCAGGGGUGCCGGGCGGGAUGCAGGGGAAUUCAGGCCUCUGAGCCUCUUGACCACAGCAGCCAGCUCCCCAAAAUGUUCAGCUCUGGAGCCUCACAGCAAGCAGGGGGACUCCUCAGGACUUCUGCCCCAUCGGCCUCCAUCUUGAGCUGGAAGUGCCAGCACCCAGGCCCUGGUCUCGGGGCCCCUCCUCCCUCUCAGGGCCCACCCUAAUCACAGCAGAUGCAUUCCUCGUGGCCUUCAGCUAGGAACCAAACAGUCUGCAGUUGCACGUCUCUGUCUGUCUGUCUGUCCGUCCCACACGCAGACCAGCAAGGAGGAAGGCUCCCUCUGGGGGCACCUCUGUGAUGGUGGGGGUGCUUGAUCCUCAGGAGCAGUGCUGCUCUGAGAGGAUAGACCCGUUUUGGUCUGCAGGCGCAGGUGGGGGUGUCUGGAGUGGGAGCCCCAGGCAGCCUCGGCCGGGGACCCGGGUUUGGCGGGUGACACCCAGCGUGCCCAGCCUCCCAUCUGCGCCCAGAGCGGUGGCAUCUCAGCACGCUGCUUCCACGACAGUUUUUCUUCACUCUCCCGCUCCCCCAAACUCCCAGCUCUGCUUCUGAGUCACCUGCCUCUCUCCGCCAGCCUCUGCGCUCUGUAUUCCUGCCAGAACCGGAGACUCAUCUAAUUUCUAUAAUUAAGUGUAUUCAUUUACCUAACGAGCCUGGGGGUACAACAGGUCUGUGAGUCACUGAGUGAGCAGGGGUGCACCCUCGGCAGGAGCAGCUGAGGGGAAGUGGGGACAAAAGCCUUCUGCCCCCCACCUGCUCCCGACCCCAGGAGGGCCGAGACGCAGGUGACCGGCUCGCCAGGCCCCCUAGCCCCAGGAAUACCUCGCGCAGACAUCUCCUGUGUCACCUGAUGGGAAUUAGACCUGACAGCGGAGUCGUGCGUCUGGCAAUUUUUAGAGUCGGCUUAUGCAACUGUGUGAGGGAAUGAUUCUGGAAGGUCCAUCUCUGCUCCUCCCAGGGUGGGCAAAGAUGGGUACGGCAAGACAGCCUUUGGGUUGGAGGAGGCCGGGAGAUCUGGGGGUCACCUCGAAAGAUGAAUGGGGCGGAAAGAAACCAUCACUCACGAUGGGGUUGGGCUUUCUGAAAAGCUGCUCCGGGAGCAUCUCCACUCCAGCGUCUCCUUCAGCUUUGGGCAGAUAUGGGAAUGGCCCUUCCAGAAAAGUCUAUUCCAGGUAGGCCCUGGGAUACCCUAGCCCUGCUCUGUGGUGCCCCACUAAGGAUUGAGAAGAUGCAGAGGGAGUCUUGUGACUGCCCGGCAGAAAGAGACGGGCCCCUAUGGAGACAGGGACAGGGCAGCCUGGGGACACGGGGGGCCCCGCUCCCCUCGUAGCUAGGUCUGAGAACCCAGCCGCUUCCUCAUGGAGCAUAUUCACUCCUGUCCCUGCGGAGCGUCCUGACCCCAGGUCCUGGCGGUGACCGGGACGCGCUGAGCUCGGUGUCCUGAGUAGCACAGGAACCACUGCUGUUCUCUCCUGACUUGCCUCCCUGGUUUGGGGAGCCGAGGCGGCUAUUUCUGUGGCAGCCC